AUGGCCGUAAAAGGAUUAGGAAAAUUGGACCAAGUCUAUGAUGGUAGUAACCUACGUGUUGCAAUUAUUCAUGCUCGUUGGAAUAAGCAAGUUAUUGACGCAUUGGUUAGUGGUUGUAUUAAAAGAUUAAAGGAAUUAAAUGUUAAAGAAGAAAAUAUUGUAGUUGAAACUGUUCCUGGUUCGUUUGAACUACCAUAUGGUGUUGAAGCUUACUCUAAGAAACACCAAGGAUUUGAUGUGUUUGUAGCUAUUGGUGUCUUAAUUAAAGGUAGUACCAUGCAUUUUGAAUAUAUUUCUGAUGCUACCACCAAUGGUUUAAUGACUGUUCAAAGUAGAAUCAAUAAACCAGUUAUCUUUGGAUUGUUGACUUGUUUGACAGAGGAGCAAGCACUAUGUAGGGCUGGUAUUGAUGAGGGCAAGACUAUGCAUAACCAUGGUGAAGAUUGGGGUGCUGCAGCUGUUGAGAUGGCUAUUAAAUUUUCCGCUUAG